AUGGGUAUUCCGUAUUACGUUGUCCCUACCAGUUCUCCCGCGCAGCAGCAGGCUGUCGUUGAACCCAAGCCCGAGCCCGUCAAGCUGCAGAACGUGAGUCUCACUCCUCCCCCGAUGUUCGAGAUGAGUAACUCGAUGGUGGGGAUACAGACCAUUCCCGGCAACAUGUCGACCGAAGAGGUUGCCGAGAUCUUCGGACUCAAACUGACCGACGAGCGCCGACCAUUUUCUUGGAGGUGGCGCCAGCCCGCCGAGGAAGUUCACCUUGAUCCGGUCGGCCUGGAGUCCUGGGCGCACCUGAACGAGCUGCUCGCGUCCGCGGAGCGCGAGUACCGCACGCCCGGCAUGAUUACCGCCUGCGUCGACGCCUACACGGUGACGCCCUCGGACACCCGGGUGACGCACGUGGAGGGGAAGAGUUUCUCUGCGGAGGUGCAAGGCCAGCGGGAGAACACGGUGAUCCGGUUCGACUGCACGUUCGACCACAUGAUCACCACUGCCAACGAGGAUCUGAUCAUUGGCGUCGAGGCCGAGGCCGACGCCGACCUCAGUGACGCCCUCAUACAGCUGCUCACGAACCUGGUGGCUGUUCGCGAUAAUCGCGGUCAGAAAUUUGCCCAUGGAUUCGUCUCCGACGGCGAGAGGUACGCCUUCAUGAGUAUCGCCGCGGAUGGUACCGUGCACUGCUCCAACGUCUACGAUAUCGCCCAGUGCCCCCCGCAUGUAGGCAUCGUCUACAAUUGGAUGAUCGAUAUCAUUCAGUGGAACGACAUACGGGCUGCUCACGGGUACUAA